GUAGCCAAUCAAAAAAUACAAUACAUAAAUGCGGCAAAGUCGAAUUGAUCUGCAACUUGCAAGCAAUGGCAGAAACGCGGAAGCAAAUUUACAUUUAAUUGCACAAUUGAGGGCGUUAAGAUGACGUCAAAGUUCAUUAACCCUUUAAACAAGAAGAUUGGCCGGCGCACUGGUAAGAAUCUGAUUGCUGGAAAACAUAUUCGCAAGCAGGAGGAUGGCUUUGAAAAUUUUGAUGACUACAUGUCAGAAUCUGAUGCUGAUGUUACACGUGAAGUAAUGUCCCAAAUUCAAGAGGAGACAGACUACCAGAGUUCACAAAGUUCUCAAGGAGACGGGAAGGAAAACGUAUCAAGGAGUUUUCCUGGAAAUCUUACUUCCAUCACACAAUCGUCUGAGUUUCUAGGGAGCCAGUCAACAUUGUCACAACUUAGCCAGGUUUCAAAGAUCAAGAACCAAUCUAGAUAUGCUUGGUUACGAAGUAAGAAUUCAGGAAUAGGCAGACGGACAGGCAAAAAUAUUCUACCAAAGAAAGAAGUAAGAAAAGAUGACAGAGGGUUUGAAAACUUUGAUGACUACCUGUCUGAAUCUGAUGCGUCCAGCUUUUCUUCAAGACUCAGCAUAGAGAGUGCAAACAAAUUGAGGGAUAAGCUUCAUUCCGGCAGAGAGUCUGAGUCUGGAAGAGGGUCAGUUGGUCUACUAGCAUCACAGGACCAGCACAGUUCAUCCCAGUCAGGUGAUGAAAAUGUUCAGUCAGACAUCCUCAAGUCUGGAAACACUGGGAAAAACAUUGCUACAGGUAGCUCUGCAGAUGAUAAAGAGGAUGGUGAUGCAUCGGUUGUUAAUGUGACAAAGAGCAGGUCCAGUGAUCUUCAUAAUCAUACAGAAGUGACAGUAACAACCAGUAGACGUAACAGUACAAUAAACACUACCAAACAGAGUGAAACAAGUGGACAUUUGAGCAAAUCAGUCUCUGCUGAUAGAAACCCAAUAAAUGAAGAUAUAAGAAGGAAUGGAGAUGUAGCAAGAAAUGGAAAUGUUACAAGAAAUGGAGAUUUAACAAGAAAUGGAGAUCAAACAAGAAAUGGAAAUCUGAAAAGAAAUGGAGAUUUAUCAAGAAAUGGAGAUCUUACAAUUAGUGAGAAAAGACAUACUGAGUGCUUUGGUGGUACAAAUGAACAAAGUACAGAAGAAAAUGAUAGGGCAAUUCAGAAUAUUGACACAAGUAAACAUAAUAAGGUUAAUGAACAUAAAACAGUUGUAAGUAGUUCAAGAUUGCAAAGUGCAAUUAGACCAGAAAAUAGUAAUCAUAGUAGUAAUGACAAUGAAUGUUCUCAUUCUGAAAAUGAAGAAGAAUUAACACAAAAUCAUUUGACCCAUUUAAGUGAGAAAUUCCAAGAAAAACGAUCAUUUAGACGAAGUUUAAAGGAAAGUUCAAAUAGCUAUUACUCCAAUAAAGAAGAAAGUGGUUCUGAACAAGAAAAUGAUUACACUGAAGAAACCAUUUCUGCAGUAACAAGUCCCACUAAAAAAUCAAUGUCAAUGUCUCACAUUGUUAAAAAAUCCUCUGCUUCAGGGUCUAUCCCAAUAUCUGAUUUAUCUGAAAAUAAUGUAACAAAAAGUGACAAAUUGCCAGGUAAGCAGCAGUUGUCUAGAAGUGGUUUAAAUGCAAGUUCUAAGAAGGGCAAUAAAGGCAAAAAAGAAAGUUCUUCUGAGGAUGAUAUGGAUCCUGAUGCUAUGCAACAAAGUCAUACAAAAAACUCGAGUUCAAAAUCUUCACCUUCAAGCUCUAGUUCACCAUCUGAUCGAAAGUCUGUGAGUAAUUUAUCAAAAACAGUGUAUGAUAAGUCACUCGAAAUACAACAAUCAAGAGGCAGUUUGAAAGGCACUUUUAAUCAAGAUAAUUCAGAAGAGGAGGUGGAUGAUGAUGAAGUGUCUGACUCUGUGCAAAAAAGACACAUCAAAAUCUCUAGUUCAAGACCAAGCACUAAAUCAAAGUCAACACUUUCAAAGUCAAGUUCGAAAUCAAAAUCUGAUGUCAAGAAAGGUAAUGAUGUAGACUCUGAUGAAGAAGAUGAAGAUAAAAAUAGUGAACACAUAGAAAAUGUUACUGAAGUUACCAGAAAAGCAAGUCCAAGAAAAAAUAAAUCAAUGUCGUCUGGUUCAAAAUCAACACUUUCAUACUUAAGUUCAAAAUCAAAAUCUGAUCUCACGAAAGAUGUAGACUCUGAUGAACAAGGAGAUUAUGGUGAUGAAGAUGAGGAACAAAAUGCUGAGAAUACAGAAAUUUCCGCAGAAGUGACCAGAAAAACAAGUCCAACAAAAACAAAAUCAAAGUCUUCUGGUUCAAAAUCAACACUUUCAAACUUCAGUUUAAAAUCAAAAUCUGAUGUCACAAAAGGUUUUGAUGUAGAUGCUGGUGAAGACAGGGAUUCUUGUGAAGAAGAUGAAGAACAAAAUGAUGAAUACACUGUAAAUGCUCCUGAAGUAACCAGAAAAACAAGUCAAAGAAAAACUCAAUCAAAAUCUUUAAAGAAACUUAAAAAAAGUGAGUCACGAACAUCAAAAUCUUCAAUGAAGAGACUUAGUGAUAAAAAAAGACAGACAUUGGCUAAAGUUGUCCAUGAUAACAGUCAAGUGUUGAAAGGACAAACAGAAAGACUUGAUGUAUCAAAACGCAAGCAAAAUAUACCAAGGGUGGUGGAUGAAUGUAGUAGCACAACAGUAGCAGAGGCGGAAAAUGGUGAUGAUCAUGAAGAAAGUGAAAAUGAAAGUGAAGAAGAUGACAAGGAAGAAGAAUUGGACAGUGGAAAAGAAAUCCAUGAAGGAACUGACUAUGUUGACGCUCAUUCAGCAGAUUAUACUGGUCUGUCCCUAUCUCUAGCUGGUUCUCAUAUUGAUAUUGCCGGGAAUCGGAGUGGAACAAUUACCAAGCUGGCUGUGCCCGCGUCAGUUGUCAACUUUGAUCGAACAAAGAAAAGGCUUUCCUAUUCAGGGCUUGAAGCAAGUGAGGAAUCAUUGAAGAUGAGGAAGAAGAGAGUGGAUGAUGCCAACUCUGAACUUCAAAGUACAGUGGUGCCAUUAGAAAAAGAGAGAAUUAAUAAAACAGUUUCAGCUAAGCAAAAUACUGUUAUUGUGGCACAACCGUUUCAAAUGGAAGAAUCAGAUUUUGAUAGCCUUCCAUUAAGAAAGAAAUCAGUGGCAUUGAAUGAUAAAGAUAAAGACUACCUGUCUGACGAUAGUAUCAUGAUUGUAGAUGAUGUAAAAACAUGGGGAAAUAAAAUGGAUUUGAAAUGUAAAUCUGCUGGAAACAAAAGUAAAUUAUCAAGAAGCAAGUCUGGACAAAAUAAGAACAAUAAUAGCUUGCAAUUAAAAUUGAAAGCUACAAAGUCAGAAACAAAAUUGAAGAAAACUGGUCCCCAGAAAACAAAACGGCAGUCUUUGAAUGGAGUUACAGGAAAAGAUACUAGUACUGUAAAAACAACUAAAUCAAAGUCUAGAAAACAAAGUGAGUCAGCAGCAGAUCAAAAAAAGAAUGAAACAAGUAAAGAUGUAUAUGAUAUUGAUAGUGUUGAUGAUUUUGAUGCUAACAGUAGUGAAGGGGAAGACAACAAAAGACUUAGCAAUACAACUUCAAUCACGAAGAGAAAAAGUUCCAAAGGUUCAGAUCAAAAUGCAGAGGAUGGUCAGGAAGAUGAAAUUGUGAAAGUGAAGUCCAAAGCAAGUCUAGAUAAUGUUAUUGCUGCAUUAGGAAUAAGGAAGAGAAAAUUAAGCUAUAGUAAAACAGAAAGCAUUGAAGAAGAACCGCCAGAACAGAGUCCUCAGCCUCAGAAAAGGAAAUCUUCAGAGGAAGAUGAAAAUGAGCCUCAAGAGAUAAAAAGUCCAAAGAAGCAAAGAAUUGGAAAGAAAAACAAAGAGAAACCUACUGGAAAAGACAUAAAAGGAAAUGAAAAGGACACUGCACAGUCUAAAAAGGAAGCAACAAGUGCGGAAAAUAAAGAUGAUAAUAAUAUUAAACUACCCGCUGUGAAAAAAAAAGGUAAACAAAGUACUAAAACUAAGGGAAGGAAAAAAAGGACAGUGGACUCAAUUGAUGCUGAAAGUGAAAGGAACAGGGUAACGAGUAAAGGUACAAACAAGACACCACAGGCAAAAAAAAUGAUUUCAAAUACUAAAAAGUUGAAUGCAAGCGGAAGGAAACAGUCCUCAUCAAGUGAAAAUGAAGAUACUGUAGUUAAUAAUGUUGUUCGGCUAUCCAAUUCAAUUGAGAAUACUCCAAAUCAAGGAUCUUUUGCUGCAGCAGCUACCAGUUUUGCCAGCGGUGUAUCCUUCAGACAUCGAUCAAGACUGAUAGAGGAUGCUGGUUCCGGUUAUGUCAGCACCAUGUUCACUGACCAAGACCCAGCCCCUGUUGCUGGACUGACGCCCUGUAUCAGCCGCCCCGGGGCCACAAGGAAGAGCAAGGGUCGCCGGGUCACCAUCUGUCCCCAGGAGAGUACAGAACACCAGAUCAGCCAGGUCUCCAUGGCGACUGAGGAGCUACCCCGCAUCAACCCCUUCAGGCACAGCAUGGGCAUGUCAGCUUGCAACACCCCUCUACCUGGCCCAGACUCAACACCUCAGCAUAUAUAUGAGACAACCAGACGAGAGUCCGUGAUGUCCAGCGCCUCAGACAGCGACUGCAGUAUGAUCAUCAAAGAUGUGUUGAUACAUCCAGAUCCUAACCCAGAUGGUCUGCGUCGGUCUAGAAGGACUCGUCUGAAACCUAUUGCCUGGUACAAAAAUGAGCGUUAUGUGUUGAAAAGGAUUAAUGAUGAUGGACCAACUAUAAUUGGCGUAAAGCCUUCACUAGAAGUAAAAUGGAACAAAAUGGCGGAGGAAAAAAGGAAACGAAGAAAACUAAACUUUCUAAUUCGGAAGGCCACUAAAGGUAAGAGCAAGGACUUGAAGGAUCGCAAGCUGUCAAUUCAUGGUCAACUACCGGUGGACGAUGCAGAGUGCCUGGACUCCUCAAAUACAUGGAUCAACUGUGUCAACCCUGCCACUGGGGACGAAGAUGAAAUAGAGUGUAUCGCCAAGGCAGUGGGUCAGUUCCAAGCAGUUGGUCCCAACCACAAGUCUCCUAAGAAGUCAGACCCAUAUCUGAUAACACAGCAGCUACAGCACCACUGCAUGUCCUCGGGGAAGAUUGAGAUCAUGCCACUAGCCACUAAACCCGAGCAUCUCAAUGUGCAGGACUUUGUGUGGUUCAUCAUUGAGUAUGGCAAGGUGUUCGUGAAGAUCCAUCACACCGGCAUGGUCUUGGAGACUGGAGACACCUUCAUGGUGCCAGGAGGGAACACAUACAGCGUUCAGAACCUUCGUGAAGAUACCGCAAGACUGGCGUACGUGGUGGGAAAGACAGUGAACAACCAUGUAAACAGCCCUGUCCAGAAGACUUGCUGAGUCUGCUUCAACAAUCAUGUCGGAAAGGGAUGAAAUGAGACUUUAAGUGUUGCUUUAAGUGUGGUCCCAGAUUAGCUUGUGCAGACCACAGUCCUGUUCAACAAACAUGCUUAAUAAGGAAUAUCCAGAUUGUUCUAAAAAUGCCAGAAAAUGUAUUGAUAUUCUUCUUCGUUUUGGAUUGCUGGGAAUUGUUUUGGGAUUUUUUAGAUAUAUAUCCACAACACAUGCUGUUUUGUUGAAUAUUAAAGCAAUACCAGAAAAUGAUCUGGUGUUUUAAUACCACCAAAAAAUAGAGGCAUUGCCAUAACUUGCUCCUUACAGGUAAUGGGUUUAUAUUGUUAAAUAGGCAUGACCAUAAAAUAACUGGCAAUAAUGUGUUGAUCAUGUUAAAAUGAUCUGGCUUGAAACGUCAAUUAUGGAAUUCUGACGUUUUCGUAUCUAUUGAUAAGAAUAUGUGUAACUAUACAAAACUAUUCCUUCUUUAUCUUUUAUUUAAUAAUUGUAAUUGAUUUUGUCAGGUCUAGCACAACUUUUUUUCAUACUUUAUUAAAAUGGAUUUGAAACUGAAUUGAAUGGUGCAAUAAGGUAUUUCUUUAUAUGGUGCGUUGAUCAUUUUUUGUAAAUACAUGAAAGAAACUGUAUCUUAUUAAAUGUUCAUAUAUUCAUGUCUCUCUUACAUUAAAUGUUUGCUUAAUAUUUUUGUCUAAUGUAAAAACACAGUUUAAUUAUUUCAUAAAUUAAUUAUGAUUUAUUUUCCUUACGUGUUCUUGUAAACAAGACAGUUGUUUUGUCCUAGAUCAAAAAUUGUUAUUAUGUUGGUAAUUUAUUUUGUUAGAAAACCUGAAUGUUCAACUAUACAAAUAACUUGUUACUCAUUAAUUUAGUUCUAAAUUAUUAGCCUGAAAUUCUCUGGCUGUAUCAGUCACUAGUAAUUUAUUGUCCCCUACCAGUGAGGGGACUUUUGGUUUGCGCUCUGUGUGUCAGUCUGUCCGUCACACUUUUCUGGAUCCUGAGAUAUCUUAAAAAAUUCUUCAUAUUUUUUCAUGAAACUUCAAAUAUGGACAGAUUGCAAUAUGGAGAUUAUGCAAGUCAUUUCAUUUUGUUUCUACAUGAAGAAUUCGGGUUGCUAUAGCAACAAAUAUAUAUAUAAAAAAUCCGGAAAAUAGUGGAGUUUCACCGGUUGGGGACAUCAUUGCUUGACAAUAGUCUCGUUUUAUUAUUUGUCUUCAUAGAGAUAAAAAUUGCAUAGGGCAUUUCAAUAGCAAGGCCUUAGCUACUACAGAAGUACGGCAUAAAACAGUUGCACCUUCUGCCAGUGGGAGGUUGGUUAUGGUGCUCCAAAUAUUGUUUCCACUCAUUACCCAAAUGCCAUGGACGAGGUCACUACCACUUUGGACUAUUACUGGUAAUCCCCAUGACCAGACCAUGUGUUUCAUGCAAAUCCUAUGCUCAAUUUACAGUUCAAGUUGUAAUGUCAUGAAUUUUUGUUAACCCUGCCUUGGGGGCAUGUAACAAGCAAUGUUUCUAAUUGACAUUGGACGUUUGUUUUUCCUAUGUAUGUUUUUGUUUUGUUUUCUUUGUAUAUACUGUAUUUAUUAUAACAUCAUUUGUUGCCAUCAAGAAGAUCUUAUUGAUAAAUUGUUGUAUGAAUAAACUUAAGGGAAUUUUGAAGUUAAAAUACUGAAAAUUGU